AUGGAUCAAGUUUGGGAAUUUUGUGCCGCAAAAAAAUGGAAAGGAGAAACGCCAGGAAUGUGUUGCUCGAAUGGAAAAGUUUUAUUGCUAGAACUGCGGGAACCACCAGAUGUCCUUACAAAUUACAUGUCAAACAAUGAUGCAGAUUCUAUAUAUGUAAAGAAAAACUUACGACUACUCAACAAUUCUUUACAAAUGACAUCGUUUGGAACAAUUCGAUCAAUCUCAGUUCAACAAGGAUUUAGUCCAACAUUUAAAAUCCAAGGUCAGGUUUAUCACAGAGCUGGAUCACUUUUGCCACUUGAAGGUGAGGAUGCAAAAUUUCUUCAGACUUAUUUCAUGGGUGAUGAACAAAGCGAAGUAGAUAAACGCUUAGUAAAUAAUCCUGGAGUUAGAAGGGAUAUUUUACCAAAAAUUCAACAAAUGCUACAUCUAGAAAAUAAAUAUGUUCGCGAUUUCAAGAAUGCUCUCGAUCACAUGCCCCAAGACGACAUGCAAAUUAUGCUUCGUGCUGACAGAACAUCAGCUGGAGAGCAUGAACGGCGGUUUAAUGCACCUGUUUUAAAUAAAGUGGCAAUUGUUAUUGAAGGAAAUGAAUUUGAACUGCGCGAUAUAAUGUUGCAUAAGCGAAAUAACCAGCUCCAAAGAAUAUCAGAGACACACAAGUCUUAUGAUGCUCUACAGUAUCCAAUAAUAUUUUCUCGAGGUGAAGAUGGCUACUAUAUUAGUAUCAAGCAAGUGGAUCCUACAACAAAACAGGAACAAAGGAAAACUGUAUCGGCUAAAGACUUUUAUGCCUACAGAAUAAUGGUGACAGACAAAGAUAAUCAUUUCUUGAAUUGUCGCCAGCUUUUUUCAUCAAUUUUUGGUUGA